AUGGCUUUGAGGUGGAACAGCAAGAGGCGCUCAAAUGCCUUCAUCACCACAGAGGCCAACGAUGCCUCGGACUACUUCCCCGUCUGGGGAACUUGUCUGGGCUUCGAGCAGCUGACUGUCUUAACAGCGAAGAAGCACCUGCUCACGCUCACUGACACCCACGCUGUGGCUCUGCCGCUCAACUUCACACGAAGAGCCCGUUCCAGCCGUCUCUUUCGGAGUUUCCCCAAAGAUGUGCUGAGGUCUAUGACCGAGGAAAACAUCACGGCCAACUUCCACAAGUGGAGUCUGUCCACCAAGAACUUCAGCGCGAAUCCCACGCUGAAGAAGUUUUACAAGGUCCUGUCGACGAACCACGAUGGGAAACAAGAAUUCAUCUCAACCAUGGAAGCCUACCGGUAUCCAAUUUAUGGAGUUCUGUGGCAUCCGGAGAAAAACCCCUUUGAGUGGGUGGACAAACCGGGGAUGAUUCACUCCACCGCUGCAACAAGAGUCGCCUUCUACUCUGCCAGCUUCUUCGUCUCUGAAGCCAUGAAGAACAACCACAGUUUCCCGAGUCGGGAGGAGGAGGAGAGAGCGCUCAUCUACAACUUCUGUCCUGUCUUCAAAGGCAUGGACUCCGUCUUUGUUCAGAGCUACUACUUUGAUUGAUGGAGGUGAGGAGCCCGUCACUGGGGGAACAUCUUCAACCUGAUGGAGUCACCGACCGUAAAGACCUCCAAUGGAACAGCGACAGUUCUGUAAUAUGUGAAUGCAGUGGUAAAUAAUAGUAGCAGAAAAGUGAAAUAAAAGUGUAAUGUUCGAAAAAUAACAUUAUUAACAUAACAUACAUCCAUAAGACUCCGGAUACUGUGAUUAAAAAAGUAAAACUAUUCAUGAGAGGGAGUCAGGAGAGACUGAAUGAGUCUUGUGCAAAAGAAAGAUUUGAGCAAUUUAAUUAAAGUAUAAAUCGUUAUGUGGUGAUCGGUGAUGAUAUCGUGAUCACAUACCAAUCACCAAGAAACUUGAGGUCGUCCAGGGUUCACAGUGUUAAGGCCGAAUUAUAGUCGGGUUGCACGCAUCCACGCAAGACACGCAACACGCCCCUCUCGUGCCCUCUGGCGGCUUGCAUGCGUCCGGCAAUUUUUCUAACUACACGACAA